AUGGGUUGCCGCCCUUCAACACCUGAGUCCGUUGUGGUAACGCCGCCUGAUCCACCGGAAAUUGAGGAGCCAAAAGAUGAGUUGCCGCAGAAAAUUCGCAGCUAUCGCCCGUCAAUAGACAGCCUGCAACCUCCUCACCCUCAGGACGACCUAAGUUCUGAAGGUAUGAGGUAAGA